UAUAUGACGUUUGUUUAGCUAUUAAAAUUUCGCAAGGACGUAGAGAAAGUAUCAUUCCUGGUACACCUGAAGAUUAUGUAAAACUUUAUACUGCAAUGAUUGAAAAAACAAAUAUAAAUGGUAAUGAUGAUGAGGAUAAAUCAGAUUUUCAAUUAUCUAAGCAACAACUUUGCUUGGAUAGCGUUAAUGCUUCUUCUAUUGUUAUCACUUACAGACAAUUCUUUCCUCUUGUUAAAGAAGUAUCCGAUAUCCUUAAUAAAGUUAUAGUUUUAUAUAAGACAGCUCAACAUAAUAAAAAUAUAACAAAAGUCUUGGUGGAACGAAUUAUUGCAGCAAGCUCCGCAGUUGAAAUGUUAAAAGCAAGAGAAGAUUUAUUUACUUUAAAAAAUUAUACAAGUUUACAAAGAUUAAUUCAAGUUCUUCAAAAAAUGAAAAAAUUUAUUGAAGAAAUCACGCAACCUAAUACUGAUUAUGAUAGUAGCAUUAAUUUAUUAAAUUUUACCUUAACGGUUGACUUUAGGAUUAAUUCAGAUAAAGAUGAUAAAAUUUUAAAGGAAGACAUUGAGGAACUUCUAAAGUUUCAAGAAGCUUUAGCAGAAAGUAUCGACAAAGUGAACUUGGUUAUUGAGAAAGUCAAUGAAAUGCAAAUCACUAUGCAAAGUUUGAUAAAUAACCCAAAAAAUGAAAAACAACCCCAACUUCCAUUCGGAGAUUAUGAAGAGGCUGAUGAGCCACCUCGAAGUGAUUCUAGAGCAAGUGACAAAGUGAACUUGGUUAUUGAGAAAGUCAAUAAAAUGCAAAUCACUAUGCAAAGUUUGAUAAAUAACCCAAAAAAUGAAAAACAACCCCAACUUCCAUUCGGAGAUUAUGAAGAGGCUGAUGAGCCACCUCGAAGUGAUUCUAGAGCAAGUGACAAAGUGAAUUUGGUUAUUGAGAAAGUCAAUGAAAUGCAAAUCAUUAUGCAAAAUUUGAUAAAUAACCCAAAGAAUGAGCAACAAAAUCAAAACAGAAUUGACAAUAUCUUUAAUGAACCCCAACUUCCAUUCGGAGAUUAUGAAGAGGCUGAUGAGCCACCUCGAAGUGAUAGACUAAGAAAAUAUGUCCAUGUAAAAACUAAAGAAGAUUUUGCUUUUAAACGUUUGGAUAAAGGAAAUUAUAAUACAGUUAAAAAUCAAGCCAUAUUUCUCAAAAAGCUAAAAGAUUGUCAAAAUAUUAUUCAUUUCUAUGGCCUUACUAAAGAUGAUAAAGAUGAUUUUUAUUUAGUAACCGAAUGGGCAGAAUAUAAAAAUUUACGUGAAUAUAUUACUUCAAAUGGGCAAAAUAUAGAUAUGAAAUUGAGAAUUAGAUUUGCUUAUGAUAUCGCUAAAGGCAAUCUAUCCGCAAAUAUAGAAAGUCUUGUAUAUACUGCUCCUGAAAUGUUAAAAAGAAUUACAGAGGUAGCAGGAAAAAACGAGAAUAAUAAACGAAUUGCAGAAGAGGAAACAAAUAAAAAAUAUGAUACCAAAUGUGAAGUUUACAGUUUUGGUAUACUUCUUUGGGAAAUUGCUGAAUGUAGAAUUCCGUAUGAGGAUAUUAGUGACUUUUUAGAAAUUACCAGACUAGUAAUAAGUGGACAUCGAGAACCCUUUACACCCGGUAUCGAUAUCCCAGAAAAAUAUAAAUCUCUCGUAAAUAUAUCUGUCGACCAAAAUCCAGGUCUGAGACCUAUAUUAGCAAAAAUGUUGACGGAUCUUCGAGAUAUCUUUCAUAAUUACUAA